AGAGCCGGCCCAAUAAGACAAAAAGCACACGCUAGACACCUCUUCGCAAAUCGGAAAAGCCGAAAAUGUCCGGUGUUCGGUUUCUGUUCGCCAACGGCGUCGUCUUGCCUUCCUCCGACACACCUCCUGUAUCAACCUUCCUCGAAUCUCAUCCAGGUGCUUACACGACCUCUCGCACUCACAACGACGCUUCACUCCUCUUGUUCUGGGAAAGACAUCUUCGCAGACUCGCCGAUUCGGCUAGAAUUCUGUUGAAUUCGAAUCCGAAUCUUUUAUUCGGAUCUGAGAAGUCUAGGGUUUCGAGUUUGACCCCAUUGGGACAAUCGUCAGUCUGGGACUCGGUAAUUCGAUCUCUUGUGAAUGAUUCGGUGGGGAAAGUGCUGCCUAUUGCAUUGGGAGAGAGGAAAAGUGGUGAGGAAUUGGCAAUCACAUCUGUUGUGAGUGGCAAUUCGGAGAAAUUGUGUGAAAAUGGGAGUUUAAGUGAAGAAAUGGUUUCUAGUUUUCUUGAUGUGUAUGUACAUGUGGGGAUGUAUGUACCUCCUGUGUUUGGUGUUCGAGAAAAUGGGGCGCAUUUGGCCGUGGUGGGUCGAGGGAGGGAUGUUGCCAAUGCAAAGUAUUCAGAUUGGGUUAGGCUUAGGAAGUCUUUGGAGAAGCUGAGGCCACCUUGGGCUACAGAGCUCUUGUUGUCAAAUGACGGUGAUCGGGUACUAGAAGGUUCUGUGACAAACUUUUUCGUUGUGUGUUGCAAGGAGAACUAUAAUGAUAGCAAUGAUGGUAAGGGGAGUGCAUGUUCGGUUGAAAUACAGACUGCUCCCAUUAGAGAUGGUGUCCUUCCUGGGGUCAUACGUCAAGUAAUUGUUGACAUAUGCUCAAGCAAUGGAAUACCACUUCGAGAAGUUGCACCAUCAUGGUUAGAACGUGAAACUUGGAAAGAGGCAUUCAUUACAAGUAGCUUGAGGCUUUUGCAGCAUGUGGAGACAAUUCGAUUUCCAAGUUCAUGGGAAUCGCUGGAAUCAAAAUCUUGGAAGAUGGUAAAAUGGGAGGAGAAGCGGUUUGAGGGUCAUGGGAGGACCACAACUAUAAUUCAGAAAGAGAUCAUGAAGAAAGCAGAUCUUGAAGGGUACCCAGUCCAUUUACUCAAUCACUGAUAGGCGCUGGUGUCUUUGUUGUUUUUGCUGUCAAGGUGGAGCAGAACUGCGAUAUUAGCGCUCAUUCUGGUUGUGGAUUCGUAAUUUCUCUAACAUGUAAGCUAUCAUUGUUACGAGGCUGGUGUGUCCUUGAUUUAGCAAUAGCCCUAGAAGAGAAACAUUUCAUUUUGUCUAGAGAAACAAAUGCAAGACAGCUAAAGCUAACCCUAACUGUGCAAAGAUCCAAGACAGCUAGAGAAACAAGGUUUUCUGCCCCUGCUUUUCUCCAGCGGUGCUCCCGGAAUCUGCACUGCUGCGUUUAUAUACAAAUGCUUGGGUCUCAGAACUAUGGACUUCCAUUUGUACUAAAGCUAACCCUACCAUUUACAGAAGUGACAGCACUGGAAGAAAGAGCAAGUUGGUACAUUUUAAGCUCAUGGUUUGAUUGAUCUUGUAGUGCACACUGAAUGGUGCCCAUUCAGUUAGGUCAGAAAAUGCACAUGUCUUGUAACAUGCUUUUGGAGUCAUCUCCGUGAUCCAUAGUUGUUCACGAUGCAAGAUUUUGGACCGUUUUAGUCUAGCCUUUUCUUUGAGCAAUGCUAUACAAAUUUUAAGUUAUAAGAUUUUGGACUUUAUGUUCUCUGUUUUUCUUUUUAGGAAUGUUACACAUAAGUUUAGACCGAUUAAACAA